AUGUCACGCAGUUUCUCCGUGAUACAAAUAGAGUUUAAGGGCUUUGUUCGCGACUCGUGCUCGUGCGGAAUGAGCUCAAACAACUCAAUCGUUUUGGUGCCAGACCGCAGCAGCGCCGACAUCGACGUGCUUCGGUUUGCGUUGAAGAAGUCGGUAAAGGUUUUAUUUUUCCACGAAGUUCAUCAACUCAAUGUAUCGAUGAGACGGCACCGCUACAACUUUCCGAGUUGGAAGCCGAUAGGGAUAGUGCUGCUGGAGACGACGACCUCUUUCUACUCCACAGUACUGGGACUCUGUCAGAGAAAGUUUCGGGUUGAUAUUUUCCGAACCACGCUGUUGUCGACCGUACGUGCUGGAAUGCCUACUACGGACCUUUUGCAACAAGAGCACUGGCCGCUGUGA